CUCGUCGGUAGUGGGCUACUAUACCCCUCGGCCCCUCCCUCCCUCUGCCGAGCGACCCAGUCCCCUCGCUCCUGGAUCUUCUUCCUCUUCGGCCGAGCGCCGCCACCCAUCACGCUGCCGAGCGCCCAUCGUCUUCCUCCUCGUUCGAGCGCCUCCACCGCAAGUUGAUCUCCCCUUCGAUUCUCUCGCUCCCGACCGUUUCUCCUCCCAUCACACCACGAACGGAUUCCGCCCUUUAGCUCCCCGUUUCAUAAUCUUCCCGAAUCCGUAACUGAGGCAAAAAUCAAGUUAGGGCAGCCACCCUACCUUGCCCUACUGGGUCCUCCGCCCAUGGCUGGGAGUGUCCUCGGAUCGUAUGCCGUUUCCGUGCAGGAGCUCUUAGUUAUUGAUGAUUUGCUAUCAGCUCUGGCGGGUAUUGAGGGAAGAUACAUUUCAAUUAAGAGAGUACGUGGAAAGGAUGGCUAUGUUGUCUUCCAGAUUGAUUCUUCAAUGGACCUUGCACUCCAGGAGUUGACUCGCCGAAUUUUCCCCUUAUGUGAGGAUUUUGUGUUAGUGAGCCAGUUUGUGGAGUCCAGAUCACAUUUCAAGAAUGGUUUGGUCAACCAUGCUCUUGCUGCAGCUCUAAGGGCAUUUCUCCUGGAUUAUCAGGCCAUGGUUGCUCAACUGGAGCACCAGUUCCGUCUUGGAAGGCUCUCUGUUCAAGGUUUAUGGUUCUUUUGUCAGCGGAUGAUGAGUUCAUUGAAUGCAUUGGCUGUUCUGGUAGAGAAGGCUAUCUCCAAUAAUACUAGUGGUUCUGCGACACUCAAUCUACUUCAAAGCCAGGCAAAGGCGAUGGCUGGUGAUAGUGCUGUUCGGUCCUUAUUAGAGAAGAUGGCAGAAUGUGCAAGUGCAGCAUACCUCAGGAUGUUAGAAAGGUGGGUGUAUGAGGGUGUUAUUGAUGACCCUUAUGGCGAAUUCUUCAUUGCUGAAAACAAAUCUCUGCAGAAGGAGAGCCUCACUCAAGAUUAUGAUGCCAAAUAUUGGCAGCAAAGGUACAGCCUUAAAGAUGGCAUCCCUACCUUCCUCAAUAAUGUUGCUGCCACAAUUCUGACAACAGGAAAGUAUCUUAAUGUUAUGAGAGAAUGUGGGCACAAUGUUCAGGUUUCCUUGUCAGAAAAUUCUAAGCUGACAAGCUUUGGUUCAAAUCACCAAUAUCUUGAAUGCAUCAAAUCUGCUUAUGAUUUUGCAAGUGGUGAGCUCUUGACUCUGAUGAAAGACAAGUACGAUCUCAUUGGUAAACUGCGAUCCCUGAAGCGCUAUCUACUUCUUGACCAAGGUGAUUUUUUGGUUCAUUUUAUGGAUAUUGCUCGGGAGGAGCUUACGAAGAAACCAGAAGACAUAUCUGUUGAGAAACUUCAGUCCCUUGUUGACAUUGCUUUGCGAAGUACAGCAGCUGCUUCAGAUCCAAGUCAUGAAGAGUUGACUUGUUGCGUUGAAAGGAGUUCCCUCCUUAAUAAGCUGACCACCCUGAAAGACUUGGACUGUGCUUAUUCUUCAGACAAGCUUGCUUCAGCUGAUGUUGAUCAGCCCAUGACAUUAACUGGCUUGGAAACGUUCUGCCUUGUCUACAAGAUUCAAUGGCCACUAUCUCUUGUAAUUUCAAGGAAGGCUUUAACAAAGUACCAAUUGAUUUUCCGGCUAUUGUUCCACUGCAAACAUGUUAGUCGCCAACUGUGUACAGCAUGGCAAAUUCAACAAGGGUUCCGGUCUGUGAAGAUUCUAGGAACACCAAUUCUGAGGUCAUCAAUUCUGUGUCGCAGCAUGCUCAAGUUUGUAAAUAGCCUUCUACAUUAUCUAACUUUCGAGGUUCUUGAACCAAACUGGCAUUUGAUGCAUGACCGCCUCGAAACUGCAAGGAGCAUCGACGAGGUCAUCCAGAUCCACGACUUCUUUCUCCAGAAGUGUCUAAAGGAGUGCUUGCUAUUAUUGCCUGAGCUCCUUGUGAAAGUUGAGAAGCUGAAAGCUUUAUGUCUCCAAUAUGCCACGUCCAUCCAGCUUUUGAUACCAUCCAUUGAUGUUGCUAAUCCUGAGAAAACACCAAAAUCUGGGUUGUCAAGAUCAAGGAUCAAGAGAUCACAACACAGAGACCAGCAACUGAAACUAGCAUCUGAGAACGUUGUGAUGUCAGAGUCAAUCCUGAAAUUCGAGACGGAAUUCAAUUCGGAGCUUCAAAGCCUUGUUCCUACGCUGAGUAAGAGUUCACAGGCUGAGCCAUACUUAACGCAUCUUGCGCAGUGCAUUCUCGGUGUUGGGAUUGAUCAGUGAGUUGUUUUGUGCGUCCCAUGCUCCCAUGGACUUGUUGUGGUCGUGUCCGUGUGUGAUUCAGCGGUGUGGCAAUGGCACUGAUCUUGUGUUUGUCAUCUUGUGGAUGAGCUGAAUAUUUGUAAAAUUGAUAUCAUGCUUCCACGAGAUAUAUAUCAUAGAUGGUUGGUUAGGCUUUAGUUGGAGAUGGUGUGUUGGUUAUGUAGGCCCGUUGUUACCUUUUGGUGAUGUGUUUAUCUGCUACGAUUCAGCACUCGCGUGCUGUGUGUUCUGUAACUCAGGAAAUUACCUUGUGUUACGUGAGCCACCAAUGUAGAGCCAGCCUGUAGCUUCGAGAGCCCGAUUGAAACAUGUGGAUUAACCAUCUGUUUGUUCCUGUUC